AUGGAAGGAACAACUUCAGCAGAAAUUCGCUCAACGGAAAUAGUUAAUUCACUACAGCGUUGUACGACAGAAGAGGAAGCUUUGAAAGUGUACAAUUCUUGGAGUGACACCUAUGAUCAGGAUGUUCUUGGACUAGGAUACAAUGCUCAUAAAUAUACAGUGAACAAAAUGUUGAAACUGGUAACCGGGAAAGAGACUAGAAUACUUGAUGUUGCUGCGGGCACUGGAUUAGUUGGUUCAGAGUUGUAUGAAUAUGGUUAUACAAAUGUUGACGCGCUCGAUCCUUCCGGUGAGUCACUUGCCAUUGCAGAGAAAAAAGAAGUUUACAAAAAACUGAUGUGCUGCGCUGUUGGGGAAGACAAACUGGACAUAGAUGAAGAUUCAUAUGACGUGGUGACUGCGUGUGGCUGUUUUGGUUAUAAUCUAAUGCAACCUAACCAUCUACAAAAGCUUGUUCGUAUCGUAAAAUCAGGUGGAUACAUAAUCGUUGUGACAAGGCGAAGUCCUCCGCCAAAUGAUGUAUUCUGUGGAGAAUUGCGUGAAUGUAUCCAACAACUGAAAAGGAGAUAUUUGGUAAAUGACGUCACCAUAGAAGAUAUUCCGGACUACUUUUCUGCCACUGAACGUAACCCGAGUGGUGUAUCCGGUGUUGUAAUAACAUUACGAGUAUGCUGA